AUGGCGUCCCACGCCGCCAUGCUCCUGGAUCCCAAGGCCUACAGAAAACAACUUCAGAAGAAUGGUAACGACCCAGAGAUUUCAUAUGCGUCGCCAGAUUCCCACAUAAGCGCGCAGAAUGAAGCGCCUGAUGAACCCUUGUUUUUCUUCCCAUCAUCCAGUCGAUGCUCCUCUCCGCCAGAGGACCCCGAGUACUUGGAUCCAAAUGACUUACUUGUCGACGGAACAGGCCAGCAAAGUACCAGCGCAUCACCUCGUAGUGCCCCAACGACUGCCGCGCCAGCUGGGACAGUUUCCGCUGCACAUCAGCUUCUCAACCCGCAGCGCCGCCAACGGUCAUCCAAGGUCAGUCCGAAAUCGAACUCGGGGUCGCAGACGGAGUCGGUCCGAUCGCAAGAAGAGGGCAGUGCGAGCUCAUCGCCACGCCGGCCAGCCAGGAAUGGGCCUGCACCAGAGAUUGAGUUUAUGAGCGCACAGUCCGAGGACGAUAAUGACUGGAAACGGAACUCGGAUCACCUCGAUAGUGACGUUGAAGCGCGCCACGCCAGCCUCAUCGAGGAUAUGUACGGGGUGGAGAAACGGGUCCACCAGCCUUACAAAAAGAUCAAAAGGGAGAAUGACAAGGAAGCAUCGAAGACAGGCAGGAAUGGGCCGAUUACCAUCACCGGGGACACUCAGUUGGGCAAAUAUAUGAAAGAGGACAAGGGGAAGUCUGAUUAUUCCUCCCCGGCGACACCAAGUGUGGUUGAUCUGACCAUCGGUGAGAAAAUAUCCUACGGUUCUGAGAUUAUUGAUGAUUGUAUGCUGACAGGGUCAUGCACAGAUUCGACUGGUGCUACUAAUGAUGACGACGACUUGCAGGUCACCGGGUCGAACAAUCUCAGUGUCCAGCGGGUAUGCUAUGGAAAGGUGGAUAAUGCGAUGAUACAAGCACAAAUUGUGCCCAAACCUGCUGCACAAAAUAUCUUUGGCGACUCGGCGCACGAUUGGCCUUCAAUAAAGCUGGGCGUACAUAGACACCCAGAUCGGAACAGCUACAGAAUUGAUGUUUCGGAUCCGCAUGGGAAGAUCUUUGGUGCAGUUGACGCGAAAACUGCAGCUGUGAUUGUCCCAUUGCUCGACUCGCAGGCUCUCAAAGUUGACAUGACAGCGCGAUUAGACGUUCGCAGAAGGCUGCCUGGUGAAAUGCCAUGGGCCCCCUGCUCUGCUCUCUAUAGAGCGUCGAUCAAUCUCUACGGUCUGAGGAAAGAUGCUGAGCUGGUUGGCAAGCACCUCGGGCAGCACAAUGUUUGGCUUGGGACACCGUUCUCUGUUGAACAAGGAGUACCAGUGUUCAAUCCGCAUGCUGAGCGGCGGCGAGCUCAGGCGGCCUCCUUCUUACCAUCAAUAGCUGCGAGGGGCCGAACGGGUGUUAGCUACGAGGUUCGGACCGCGGAAGAGGUCAACGAUGCGGUCAUGAAGAUGUUCGAUCAGCUUCAGAGCGCGCAGAAUCUUCCGGAAAUGGAGCCCCCGGAUUCGGUGUUGACGCCACUCCUCCGCCAUCAAAAGCAAGCUCUAUGGUUCAUGACUGAGAAAGAGAAGCCACGCAAGUUUGGUCCCAAAGAGGAGGAUAACAAUUCCCUUUGGAGGAUAGAAUAUCGCGCAAAUGGGGUCAAGCGGUAUCGCGAAAUCAUCAGCGGCAUUGUCCUCGACGAAGAGCCGCCUCAGAGCUUAGGAGGCUUAUUAGCAGAUAUGAUGGGUCUUGGAAAGACAUUGAGCAUUCUUUCGCUCGUUGUUUCCUCUUUGCAUCAGGCUCAUGAAUGGGCGACGAAAAUACCGGAGCCCGACAUUGUGCGAAGCCUACCUGGUAUUCGCAACUGCAAGACCACUCUUUUAGUCGUUCCUCUCAGUACUGUCAACAACUGGGUUUCACAGAUCAAAGAGCAUUUGAAGGAAAAUGCCAUCUCAUACUACGUGUUCCACGGCUCCUCCAGAACCAACGAUGUGGACGAACUGUCGAGCUACGACGUGGUGAUCACAACCUACAGCAUUGUGCUAUCCGAACUGUCUCAGAGAGGAUCCAAGCGGGGCGUAAGUCCUUUGACGAAGAUGAAUUUGUUUCGUAUUGUUUUGGACGAAGCGCACAACAUCCGAGAGCAAAGUGCUGCCCAGACGCAAGCAAUAUUCAAGCUAAACGCUCAGCGACGCUGGUCCGUGACCGGUACUCCCAUCCAGAAUCGCCUUGAAGACCUUCUUUCCGUUACCAAGUUUCUUGGAUUGGUCCCCUACGAUGAUCGAGCCCGAUUUGGCAUGCAUAUUCUUAGUCGGUUCAAGACAGGUGACGCGACAGUUCUCGCAAGCUUGCGUGUGCUCGUUGACUCCUUUACUCUACGUCGGGUCAAAGAUAAGAUUGACAUUCCUCCUCGGCAUGACAAGAUUAUCACGCUCGAGUUCUCUGAAAAGGAGAAGCAGCUGCAUGAAUUCUUCCGGAAGGAGUCUAAUGUCAUGAUGAGGGUGAUUGCAGGAGAGGACAAGACGAAGAUGAAGGGACGAAUGUACCAUCAUAUUCUCAAAGCAAUGAUGAUCUUGCGACAGAUCAGUGCACACGGCAAAGAGCUUCUCGAUAGCGAUGAUCGUCGGCGGAUCAAAGGAAUUAGCGUGCAGGACGCGAUUGAUCUCGAAGAAGGAACGGGCCAAUCUGCCGGUGUGAUUGACAGGAAGGCGUACGAGAUGUUCAAUCUCAUGCAGGAAUCGUCGGCCGACGCAUGUGCCAUGUGUGGCAAGCGGUUGGAAGAGCCCGGAUCGGACACUGGUGUGACGGAUCGAAAAGCUCCAAUGGCGAUAGUGCUACCAUGCUUUGACGUAGUUUGUCCCGACUGCUUCUCCGGAUGGAAACAAGUUUUUGAUGGUCACGUCGAACCUACGAAUACAAUAAAAUGCCAGGUUUGUGACGGUUGGAUCCCUAUCUCGUAUUCGACCAUCACUGUCGAAGGACUUGAGGAGUACUUGACGGAGCACGAACAAGCAAAGCAGAGCCGAAGGCAACCCAAAACCCUUGGCGAGUACGAAGGACCACACACGAAGACCAAGGCGCUUUUGGCUCAUCUCUCCGAAUCUGCAGAGGAGAGCAAGAGACUAAACGCUGAGCCCCCAAUCAAGAGCGUGGUAUUCUCGGCCUGGACCUCUCAUCUUGACUUGAUCGAGAUUGCAUUGAAAGAUCGUGGCAUGACGGGAUUCACACGCUUAGACGGGACUAUGUCGCUCGCAGCUCGUAACAAAGCUCUAGAGGAUUUCCAUACCAACGACAACACCACUAUCUUACUAGCCACGAUCGGUGCUGGCGGUGUCGGAUUGAACUUGACUUCUGCUUCGAAAGUGUAUAUCAUGGAACCUCAGUAUAAUCCUGCAGCUGUGGCCCAGGCGAUCGAUCGGGUGCACCGACUGGGUCAAACGCGCGAGGUGACCACAGUUCAGUUUAUCAUGAAGGGGAGUAUAGAGGAGAAGAUCUUCGAGCUUGCCAAGAAGAAGCAACAGUUGGCAGACAUGAGCAUGAACCGUGGCAAACUCGACAAGAAAGAAAUUCAGGAGCAGCGGAUGAGAGAAUAUAGAAGUCUCUUCAAAUGA